GAGAGAGAGAGUGCAAGCAACAGAGAAGGAUCUCCCUGUUUCAUGCGCAAAACAUCCCGCUACCAUAUGCUGUGCUCCAUGGCCAACUCGGGCUGCCUUCUGCUCUCCAACUCUGGGAUGCUGCCUCACUCUCUUCAGUGUCCCCCGGCAUUCCUCUACCUUCCCGAGGGUAACCAAGAGGCUACAGCCCCCCCAGAAGCGAUGGCACAGCCCUACCCCCCAGCCCAGUACCCCCCUCCCCCUCAGAACGGGAUCCCGGCGGAGUACGCCCCGGCACACCCCCACACCACGCAGGACUACACGGGCCAGAGCACGGUACCUGAACACGCCAUGACCAUCUACACUCCAACGCAGACCCAUUCAGAACAGCCUGGCACCAACGCCAACACAUCCUCUCUCACCGGCACAACGACAGUACCGCAGACAGACGAUGUGGCACAGACAGAGGGCUCACAGCAGCUACAGUCCACAGACCCGUUAGAGAAGCAGCAACCCAAACGGUUACAUGUCUCCAACAUCCCCUUCCGCUUCCGAGACCCCGACUUACGGCAAAUGUUUGGGCAAUUUGGGAAAAUUUUAGAUGUUGAAAUCAUUUUUAAUGAACGGGGCUCCAAGGGCUUCGGCUUUGUAACUUUCGAAACGAGCGCAGACGCAGACCGUGCGCGGGAGAAACUAAACGGUACAAUCGUAGAGGGGCGGAAAAUAGAGGUAAAUAAUGCAACAGCAAGAGUGAUGACGAACAAAAAGGUGGCAAACCCCUACACAAAUGCAAUUGCCAGCGAGGAUACAGAUUUUGCUGAAGAUUUCUCCAGGCUGCUCGGAGACAACAAGGGACAUACAUUCAUGACGUUGCCCCAUUCAGGUUGGAAGUUGAACCCAGUGAUGGGAGCUGUUUACGGCCCUGAAUUUUAUGCAGUAACUGGCUUCCCAUAUCCAACCACAGGGGCGGCAGUGGCCUAUAGAGGAGCCCACUUAAGAGGCCGGGGGCGUGCAGUGUACAACACGUUCCGUGCCGCACCUCCUCCCCCACCUAUCCCCACCUAUGGAGCAGUUGUUUAUCAAGAUGGAUUUUAUGGUGCAGAAAUCUAUGGCGGGUACACAGCUUACAGAUACGCUCAGCCAGCCACUGCCACGGCUGCAGCUGCCUACAGUGACAGUUAUGGCAGAGUCUAUGCAACAGCUGACCCCUAUCAUCACACAAUUGGACCAGCUGCCACAUAUAGUGUUGGAACUAUGUAAAAAAACAAAAUAAAAAAUAUGGAGCAGUGGACAUCACCCAAAAGGUCUCUAAAAGGACAUAAACAAGAAAGUACAAGAAAAAUCCUUCUACCAAGGCUGAAAGACGGACGGAGCCAAGUUUGCAAGUACUGUGAUAAAAAAAGAAAAAAAACAUGUUUAAAAGGUGUGGUGCAGGUUUACUUUCACGUGGGACAGCCUUGCUAGGAGGAGAAAGAAAGCAUUGAGUCCUAGCCCUAAAGUCAUAUAACUUUUUAUUUUUAUAAAAUAAACUUUUUUAAGUUUUAAAAGACUGGAGGAAGACCCCUUGAUCUGCAGACAAGCAGAUCUACCACCCUGACAGGGCAGAUACUAGACUGUAUAUUUCAAAAGGUAAUCCUUACAGAUCUUAGAUAGUUAGGGUGUACAGAGAAAGAAAAAAGGUAUAGAUAAAGACAGACCUUACCUUCAUUCAUUCAUUGAUUCAUUCAUGUGAUGCCAAGGUCCUCUUUGCAUAUAUAAUAAUAACCUGGGCCUUUGACUAGCCUGUUCCUGUUUAUAGUGGAUAAGAAGGAAAGUUGAGUGUUCUGAAGAGUAUUUGUGACCUUAUUCCUUCAAGGAGUGUAAGGUUUUUUCUUUUUUUUUUUGCUGUAUUGUAUUUAUUAGUCUA